AUGACAUCUACCCACCUGCCCUACUCGACUUCUGGUGAGAGUAGUGAAGACAGUAAAUUUGGAGAUUCGCCGUCGAGGCAUAUGAAUCAAUCGCCAUCAUGGCAUAAACGACAGCAUAAGAGUAGUUCUGAAAAGACGAUUAGAGAAGAACGACAGGGCCAUCAGCAUCUACGGUCAAUUAUAGAACAAGAUACACAGUCAUUACAGGAAGCCAAUGGCCAUGCUUCUUUUCCGGUGGAGAAUAAAGACAAUGCAUCAAAUAACUAUUUUGACAUGAUCUUUAGCUCCGGGAAAGUACCAUGGAGUCAACCCAAGAAGUCAAAACUUCCUACAAAUACACGUACUUCUGUUCAACGAGAGAAUAAAAAUGAUACAUCAGGUAGCUAUUUUGACAAAAUUUUUGGCUCGGGGAAAGCAUCAUGGAGACGAAUAAAGAAACCACAAACCCCAAGUUUUCCAGCCGCUAAUACUUCUACUCACUCAGAGAAGGGUAAAUUAGAUACAACAAGUAGCUAUUUUGAGAUGAUUUUCAAUUCUGGGAACGCAUCGUGGAGACGAGCGAAGGAGCAAGAUAGUUCUGCAACCGCAAAAGACGACUCUGAUGGAGACCAUUUAUCUGACUCGAAGAAUGGACAUGAGUAUGGGGAUGGAAUGAAACGUUGUGGCGACCAGAGAAAAAGAAGCGGUACAGGACACCAGUUAAAAGAAGAAGCUCUUGGACGAGAGAGAGAUCGUAAACGGAAACAACGAUUGAAACGUCAAGAAUUGGAGCAACAGCAGCGUAGACAAAGGACCCAAGAUAAAAUAAAACAAGCAAGACUCGAAGAGAAGGAUCAGAAAAGAAUAAAGCUCGAAGCAAAGCGACAGGAGAAAUUGGAGGACAAAUUGAAAAGACGAAUUGGAACACUAGAGCGAUACUUGGAGAAUCCUCGAUUUCAAAACCGACUUGACCGUGAUGCUGUAAUUAAAGAAUUGGAGAAUUGGAAGUCAGAGUUGAAUAAACCGCGAGAAGAACGGACCUCAUUGGAAGACUUUAAGAAAAGGCUGCAGCGGAAACUCAGGUCUCACAGCAAUGAUCGACUGAGGAAUGAGUCUACCGAUCCAAAGGUUCAAGAUGUACAAACAGGCGGUAGUGAGUUACCACAAGAGAAUAGCUUCCUAAUCAAGAAGAAGCGCAAGAGGAAAGCUGAAUCAGAAGAGAAGCGUCAACAAAAACGUGCCAAGAAGGAAGCAGAAUAUGUUGAAAAGGUACAGAAGAAACUAGAAAGAAACUAUAUAAAAGAAGUUGAACGUAGACAAAAGAGAAUAACAGUACUUGAAAGGAUAUUUUCCAAUGUGAGAUCAAAAUAUCGACCUGAGAUGCCAGAGCUAUGGGAGGAGCUAUACACGUUGAAACAACAAGAGCAAGAGAGACUCAUUCAAGAAUUUGAAAGUGGGCGCGUGAAGGAUGCAACACAGUUGCUGAUUUUACCAGUAUACAGUCUUCUACAUCAAGAACUUUACAAUCGAGAGAUUCGCAAAAUGGAAAAGGAAAUUCAGAAUAUCGAGCAAAAGUUGGCGAAUCCAAGGGCAAGAUAUGAUUUACCCGCAUUGAAUCAAAAGUUGAAGCGAUUAAAGGCCGAGUGUGAAACAGCUUUGGGAUAUCGCUAUCGUGCACAACUUGAGCGAGGCAGUGCUGAUGAAGAGCGUCAGCAAAUUGCAUCUGCUGAGGAAACUUCCAAAUCUAAUGAUACCCCAACAUCUAGAAACCAACAUAGCUUUGGAUCUUCUUCUUUAUCUCCACCACCGAGCUCAUUGUACUCCGAAGAUAACGAUGACCAUCGCGCACUUACAGAAGAGCGACCAUUCCGUCGACCAAAUGACAAUUAUAUCAAAUUUUACAAUCGAUUUGUUUGUGAAACCUUAGAUCCCGCAAACUGUAUCCCCGAAUUACCAUUAUCUUCACUGAAAAUUAAUUAUAAUGGAACUUACCCUAAUGAACCGAAAUAUCCUGGUCUGUAUUGGUCAGGGGAGGAAAAAGAAUUGUUUUUCACUUUACUUGCUCGAUAUUCAAUACACCAAUUAGAUAUGAUUAGUUUACACAUGGGUAAAUCUGAAUUGGAAAUCAUCACUUAUUACAAUUUAUUAAAACAGGAGUUGAAUAAAUUGAAAAAAGUAGCUAGGCAUAGUGGACAAGUGACAGGUUUGAAAGAUUGGGAUUACCGAUUGGUGCGAUAUGAAGAAAUUCCUGCUGCUUAUGAGAUGCUGAAGUAUUUCACCAAACUUGAAGAUGAGCAAAGCUUAUUGAUUGAUGCAAAGGGUGAAAAUGGGGCCUAUGAAGUGGAAGAUAUUGAUGACAAGGCUGAUGAUACAUUGCUUAAUAAAGCUCAUUUGUCAAAAUUGUUUGGUAGGAUAUGUGAUGAUGAAUCGCUUCAAGUUAUGGCAAAUUUAGUAAAGCAACUCACCAAGAAUAUACUAAUCAAUGUAGUCAACAUCAAGACGAAGAGAUUGGAAAAUGAUUCAGUCGAUGCCACCACUAUUAACAUCUUUCCUCGCAACAUCAAAUCGAGCUUAACUCAAUUGGGAUAUUCACAUCCAAAUGCAAUGUUCAACUGCGGUAAUCCAUUGGUCAAGAAAGUUUACUCAGAACAAUACGGACAACAUCGAUGGUUCAGUAAUCUUCAAAACAUCAUUUCUGUACCUGCAUUUGGUAAUUUAGUACCUGUACCUAGAAAAGCAACAAUUCCAACCAUCCACGAUUUACACCAAUUACACAAUAACAAGUCGCACUCUAAUGAUGACACGCUUAAUGAUGAAUUGGAAUCCAAGUUGAUUGAAUUGGAAACUAAGACCAUUGAUGAACAUGAUUUGUUAGAGCUGAGAAUGUACGAGCAUGCAUUGUUGUUGAUGUUACUUGAAGGCAAGACUGAUGCGUCUCCUGGUGAUAUCAAAAGAUUGAAUCGAUGGAAUAGGGAAUUUGAUCUAGAAGAGAGGCAAUGUAAGGGGGAAUUGGAUAUGGGAGAGGUAACUAAUGGAGAAUUGACUGGGGAUGAAAGUGAAGAUGUUUAUUAUUCGACUGAUGCAUUAAAGGCAUAUUCACGACAGUUCCCUCAAUACAAUAAUAGCGGUGAGGAACAGCUGGUAGAAAGGGCAAUGGCUGACAAUUUUGAAGGUGAUAAGGAAGAACUGUCUACAAGCAGUAGUGAGUUUGAAGACAACAAUGAUGACCAUGAUGACAGUGAUGACGGACUUUCAGAGGAAGACUACAAUGAUGACAAUGACGACAAUGACGACAAUGACGACGAAUUGUCAGAGGAAGACUACAAUGUUGAAGAUGUAGUUACAAAAAGCCAUUUCGAUGAAUUUUUUAUUAGAAAUUACGAAUAG